UAAGCGUUAAUCGAUUCACGUUUUAUUAAUGUAACAAUUAUUUAAAAGUGUAAUUAUCACCUUUAGAUCGUAAAAUAUGGAUGCAAGUACUCUUUCAAAAUUUAAAUUCAUUUUAUCGAAUAUUAAGUGUCGACAAAAUACUUCAAAGUUUGAUAAUCUUUAUACCGUUGUUACCUUUGUAGUAAAUUCUGAUUGUAAAGGAGGAGUUAUUACUCCAUUUUUUCGUUUAUCUGGAAGUGAACUAAUGUGUCAUAUAAAAAUGGAAUUCCGUAUCCAUGAAGCACUUAUUACUUUGGUAAAUAAAUUUGAAGAAGCCCUGUAUGAAGUACGACCGAUGGUUACUUCAAUAUUAAUCAACAAAGAUGAGGAACUUGAAGAAUUGCGUGUAAUCGGAUCCAGUAUAAAGUGGUCAUUAAAUCAACAAGAAAAAUACUUCAAUUCAAUCGGCUUUUUUGAAAUUCAAUUUACCAUCCAUUAUGUACCUACUGUACCAUUGGACUUGUGUAUAAUGCCAAAAAAAUCUUUAAUCUACGAACACUUAUUCGAAAUGUACGAAAGAAAAUUUACGGAUUUGGAAUUAAUUGUUGAGAAUAAAAGAUACGCUGUACAUAAGAUUAUACUUGCUAGAAGUCCUGUAUUUAAAGCUAUGUUUCAACAUGAAAUGCAAGAGAAGUAUCAAAAUGUUGUUACCAUCACAGGUGUAAAACCAACAAUAUUUGAAAUUAUAUUAAAAUUUCUGUAUAUUGGCGAAAUAGACGAUAUUCAAGAAAUUAACAAGUUUGAUAAUAAAGAUCCGACAAAGUGGAAAUUGGCAAAUAUAUUAAAAGCAGCGGAUAUGUAUCAGAUCGAUGAUAUGAAAGCGAUAUUAGGCUAUGUUGCAAAUAAAUUUAUAAAUGUUAAUAACGUCGCAUAUUAUCUAUAUAUUGCUUUGGAAUAUAAUACAAAUAAUUUGAAACACUCUUGUGUGACAUUUAUAAAACUCUUUGGUUCCCGAAUUUGCCAUAAUCAAAUGUUUAAAGAAAUGAUGUUUGCAAAUCCUAAUAUCCAGUUUCAAUUAAUACAAUGUCUACUAGAAAAAUAAUUUAUAAUCGAUUAAAAUUCUCGUUUCUAUUUUUUUCUUUUUGUCUAUUUCCUUCUGUUAUCUCGAAUAGAACGUUCAAGUUAAAUUGACGUCAGAUUUAGAGAUGAAAUUUGGUAUACACCUUUAAAUAAUCAAUGUUCAUUAUACUUAAUAGUUAC